UGAAAAGCCGCCACUGAAGAACAGCAUCUCAAGAUGAGUAAAAAGCCCCCAAAUCGCCCUGGGAUCACGUUUGAGAUUGGUGCUCGGUUGGAGGCACUGGACUACCUACAAAAAUGGUAUCCCUCUCGGAUUGAAAAAAUAGAUUACGAGGAGGGCAGGAUGUUGGUCCAUUUUGAGCGCUGGAGUCACCGUUAUGAUGAGUGGAUUUACUGGGAUAGCAAUCGGCUGCGCCCCCUGGAGAGACCCUCUCUGAGGAAGGAAGGGCUGAAAGAUGAGGACGAGUUCUUUGAUUUUAAAGCCGGAGAGGAAGUUCUGGCUCGUUGGACAGACUGUCGCUAUUACCCUGCCAAGAUUGAAGCAAUUAACAAAGAAGGGACAUUCACAGUUCAAUUUUAUGAUGGCGUAAUCCGUUGUUUAAAAAGAAUGCACAUAAAAGCCAUGCCCGAGGAUGCUAAGGGGCAGUUUCUGUUCCAGGUGAAACCCCCGCAUCCACUAAGCUGGGGUUGUCCUAUCGACCCAGCUGGAUCGUGUAACCAGCCUAUGGGAAGUGAGGACUGGAUAGCUUUAGUCAAAGCAGCUGCGGCAGCUGCAGCCAAGAACAAAAGCGGGAGUAAGCCUCGGACCAGUGCAAACAGCAAUAAGGAUAAAGAUAAAGAGGAGAGGAAGUGGUUUAAAGUACCUGCAAAGAAGGACGAAUCCCCCACUGCCACCGUGGCACCUGAGCUCGGGAAGAAGGAAGACCUGCCCACAUCUAGUGACACAUUUGUAGGACUUCAUGUAGAGAGCAUUCCAAAGAUGGUCUUUCCACAGCCAGGGAGCACGCUGUCAACCAAGAGGAAAAGUAACCAAGGCAGCUCCUUUCAGGCAAAGAGAGCCCGGCUUAACAAGAUUACUGGUUUGUUGGCAUCCAAAGCCGUUGGGGUGGAUGGUGCGGAAAAAAAGGAAGAUCCCAACGAAAUGGCUCCAAUGCUGGAGCAGGCGAUUUCACCUAAACCUCAAAGUCAGAAAAAACAUGAAGCUGACAUUAGCAGUUCUGCCAACACUCAGAAACCUGCACUGUUAUCCUCAACUUUGUCUUCAGGAAAGGCUCGCAGCAAGAAAUGCAAACAUGCAUCUGGAGAUUCUCCUGGGUGUCCUAAAGCCCCUAAGUCACCACUGUCCCCAGAGUUAAUGCCAGUCGAGGAGUUGGCGCUUGUGUCUCAGCUUGCUUCUGCAGUGAUAAAUAAAACUAGUCCUCCACAGCCCGUGAGCCCCCCUAGAACUUGCCAGCAUAGUGAGCGGAGAAGAAGAUCCCAGCGCUUGGCCACAGUGCCUGGGCCCGACGGCUUUGUAGACAAGGUCUCUCCCUCUGCAGCCCCUGAUGGGAAAGUAUUCUCCAUCAGUUGUCACAGCCGGCCAGAGUCUGCUGGACCAGAGGUGCCUGAUGCCGCACGCUUGUCCCUUGAGAAGCUGGGACCCUGUCUCCCUCUUGAUUUAAGUCGUGGUUCCGAAGUUACAGCACCACCCGGGGUCCUAGGCCCCUCUUACCAUAAUGAGUUCCCCAGGGCGGAGAAGGAUGGUCCACAGGUGCUCAUGUACCCUCCUCCCAAGACAGCCCCUGAUGGAAGAGGCACUUCAGUGACAGCGGCACCAGGAAUAACGAAAACAGAAAAAAAGGUGAAAUUGGAAGAUAAAAGCUCCACAACAUUUGGUAAGAGAAAAGACAAGGACAAGGAGAGGAAAGAGAAGAGAGACAAGGAUCACUACAAGCCAAAGCAGAAGAAGAAGAAGAAAAAGAAGAAGAAAUCUAAGCAGCGAGACUAUUCAGACUACGAAGACAAUUCCUUCGAAUUUCUGGACCGGUGCUCCUCUCCUCUCACUCGGUCUUCUGGGAGCUCGCUGGCUCUGCGGAGCAUGUUCCCGGAGAAAAGCCCCGCCUGUCAGUAUCCUCGGGCCAUUCUCUCAGUGGAUCUGAGUGGUGAAAACCUGUCGGACAUGGAAUUCCUAGAUGACUCUUCCACGGAGAGCUUGCUUUUGAGCGGGGAUGAGUACAAUCAGGACUUUGAUUCCACCAAUUUUGAGGAGUCUCAGGAUGAAGACGACGCGAUCAAUGAGAUUGUGCGCUGCGUCUGUGAGCUGGAUGAGGAGAACGGCUUCAUGAUCCAGUGUGAAGAGUGCCUGUGUUGGCAGCACAGUGUGUGCAUGGGGCUGCUGGAGGACAGCAUUCCAGAGCAGUACAGUUGCUACGUCUGCAGAGACCCCCCAGGUCAAAGGUGGAGUGCGAAAUACCGCUGUGACAAAGACUGGCUGAAUAACGGGAGAAUGUGCGGCUUGUCAUUUUUAAAAGAAAAUUACUCUCAUCUCAAUGCCAAAAAGAUUGUUUCCACUCAUCGGCUGCUGGCAGAUGUGUACGGUGUGGCAGAGGUGCUGCAUGGCCUGCAGCUGAAGAUCGGCAUUCUGAAGAAUAAGCAUCACCCUGACCUGCAUCUCUGGGCUUGCACUGGGAAGUGGAAAGAUCCAGAUCGGGCCAUUGCUGGGGUGGAGAAGAGCGAGGCCGGGCAAGGCCGGGCCACUGCAGAGGAGAAGCCCUAUCUGGUCCUGAACCACAAAGAAUCACCCUGUGUGCCUCCCCGAGUAGAAGGGACUUACAUCACCAGUGAGCACAGUUACCAGAAGCCGCAGCCCCUGGGCCUGGACUGCCGCCCUUGGGCAGAGCCCGGGCACCUGGGGAACAGUGGUGACGAGGACAGCAGCGGUAGUGAUGAGCAGGAGUUUCCUCUGGGCAGGGAGAGCCGCCUGCACUUCUCAGGAAAGGAAGAUGGCCUGCCUGCCAAGAGCCCAGCGGAAGGGAGUGCGGUGUUUGUGUAUAACGACAGAAAGGGCUCUGAGAACCCUGGAGACGCCCAUGUGCAGUGGCAGCUCAACCUUCUCACCCACAUCGAGCACGUGCAGGACCAGGUGACCAGCAGACUGGACCUCAUCGAGAAGGAAGUUGAUGUUCUAGAGAGCUGGCUUGACUUCACAGGGGAGUUGGAGCCCCCAGACCCUCUGGCGAGACUGCCCCAGCUCAAACGGCACAUCAAGCAGCUGCUGAUUGACAUGGGAAAAGUACAGCAGAUAGCAACCUUCUGCUCCGUAUGACAGCAAUGGAGACCUCCUGACAAGAACGUGCCUGUCCCGUCAGAUCCCAUUCACUGUCCACGUGGCUGCUGGGUGGACUCUCAGGAAGCCCCGCUGCGUCUGGUCCUUCCCCGAUUUGCGAUGUUAAUAGGAGUCCCUCGGAAAGGAACUGGAAGGACAGCUUUGUGGAGGGGGAGCCUGUGAACACGUUGCCAGAGCUGGUGUGCUCUGGGCCGCGGAGCAGGGCGGGCCUGGGUCUUUGAGAGACCAGCGCGGGCCUGGGUCUCUGGUGAGCCGCAUACGUGGGGAGAGAAUGUGGUGGACUUAACGUGCUUGUAGCAGAAAACUCAUGUUUCUAAACCAGCAUUUGGCCCAAGACAAAACUGUUGAAGAAACAUAAGCCCUAGCCAGCUCUCCAGGGCUGCUCUAAGAAGCCCGCUCUGCCACCUUCUGCUGCCCAGAAGGCUCGGGAUUUAAACUGGUCCUGGGCCAUGCCCUGUGUCUGAGGUGGUGUGUGUCCUCAGUCGGAAAACUGACCUUGGUGGCCUGCCUCCUCCCGCCUGGGGAAAGCACAUGUGGAAGCCCAGCUUGACGAGGAGUUCAUGGAAGAAUCAAGCACCGCGUACUUGGAGCUUGUGGUCGUCCACAUUCCCUCCAUGCGGCUUCUGGAAGGCUCCGUGUGCCAAAUGAGGAUGCUGCUGGGGAGAGGUGUCUCUGUGCUGGCUGCCCUCCCACCCCACAUCCACCACCAAUGUAGAUGCCACUUCUGUGGGCCUGUGUGGGUUUGAACCUGGGCUUGCGGUUCCGCCCCAGCCUGGUCCUGAGGAUGGGUUUUGGUUGCCCUCUAAGGACAGUGUGAGGCACCUCAGCUGAGUUGAGGGGUCUCAGGAGUAUCAAUAUAGCCCAUGGCUGUGGAUUUUUAACUGCUAGUAGUGGAAUACUGGAGCACUUCAUGUGUGAAGAUGAAUUUUAUUUUUAAAACAAUACAUGCACGCUCAAAACCUUUCGCUUUGGUCACAAACGGACACACUUCUGAAACCAGAGGCAACUAAGUUGCUUCCUUGUCUCUUGCUGGAUUGUGAGCCUCCACCCCUGCAGUGCUCAUGGGAGGGGCUGUACUUCCCCCGCCCCGCCCCGCACAGGUGUGUGUGCUUGUUGUAAACAGACACCCGCCAUGCAGAAGUGUAUGUAGUCUGCACAUAUUUAUAUCUCCACACAAGUGAGUUUUAUUCCUAUAGGCACUCGGAACCAGUGGUUAGUUAACAUGAAAUGUUACCUUUUAACAGACUGUUUUUAAACAUUAAAAAUGUAUGUACAGGUUUUGAAAUUUUUUUAAAUGGAGGGGUUUCAAAGACUGCUCAGAAGAAGCUGUUGGGUGGCAUGCCCCACUUGAACCUUUUAUGCCUCAUCCCGCCGAUCAGUUCUCAAGAUCUGUGUCAAUGCAGCUUAGACUGACAGACAGUAAACACUUGAAUUUAUUGUUGAUAAAGAAUACAUGCCACUGUACAUCGGAUAUUAUUUAAAUUUACAAACACACUGAUCCAUAUGUAAGGUACUGUAUGCAAACCCCUUGAUUAAAACUCUCCCACAUAUCCUGGGAUUUCAGCUUGCCUUAUUGCAGCCUGACAUCUUGACAUAGAGAUGAUUUCAAAGACUGCAAAACAGAUAUUGGAGAUUUGAAUGCCUUUGAAGAUUCUCCACCUCGACAAAUGUGCCAAAGAUGAGUGGACACAAGAUACAGGCCUGUCUGUGUAUUUGCUUGUGGUUCAUUAAUGCUGUCACAACGAUCCUAUGGACACACGGAAAGCUUUUGUAGCUGAGAUACUGUGGGCCGAUUGCUUCAAUCUGCAUAUUAAAGGAAAAAGAAAUAGUGCCUUUAUUUCAUGUGCGGAGUAAAUCUGCUAAUGUCCACAUUUCAAA